CUAAAAAAAAAUUGCACACAGACGCCGCGCAGGUUUCUAAUUCCGAAAUUUCUACAUGCUUUUGAUUGCGUAAAUGCCAGCAAACCAACCGCUUGGAAUCUCCCCUGAACCCUGAAAUUUGUUGUCAGCUCCAGUCAAAAUCUUUUAAAUUUGGGUUUCUGGGUUUGGUUGUUUUGAUUGUACCCCAUUUCAGCUCUCGAAUGCGGGUAACAAUCUAGAAUGAACAAGCCCAGAAACCGAUAUCUUUUAAAAUUUUGCUGCAUUUCUUGGUGAAUUUGGUUCAAUCUCAUUAUCACGGAGGAGGAGAAAACGAGUUUUGCUGCAGCGAACAGGCAAUCCAACCCAUUCCAGACCUAGGCGAAUUUGAACCGUUUUCAGUUCAGAUUGUUGAAGAACUAGUUCGGUGAUGAUGGUGGCGAAGAGCUUCUUCGUUUUCAUUGUUCUUAAUCUCUUGAGAUUUGCAGAUUCCAGGCUUCCCAAAGAAGAGGUCGAUGCUCUACAGCAAAUUACGAGAACAUUAGGUGCAGUUUAUUGGAAAUUCAAUGAUGAGUCCUGUGCCGUUGAAAUGUUUGGGUUAACAGAAAACCCCCAGAGGGGAUCUUCGAGUAAAAUUGUUUGUGAUUGCCUCCUCGAGGACAACACACUUUGUCAUGUCAUAAAGAUAGAAUUCAGAAGACACAAUCUGCCCGGUGUUCUUCCACCUGAAAUCGUCAAGCUUCGGUACCUGAAAGAAAUUGAUUUUUCUUACAAUUACCUUCAUGGUAAUAUACCUCGGGAGUGGGCGCUAUUGCGGGUGACGUCAAUCUCUCUUCUUGUAAAUCGGUUCUCAGGGGAAAUACCAGUGGAAUUGGGGAAUAUUACUACUCUAGCACACCUGUCCCUUGAAGCAAACCAAUUUUCUGGAGCAAUUCCAUCAGAACUUGGGAGGUUAAGCAACCUAGAAACCUUGGUGCUAUCAUCUAAUCAACUAACUGGCACAUUGCCCACUACGUUUGCUGGUCUGGGAAACCUAAUAGAUUUCCGAAUUAGUGAUAACAACCUGACGGGAACCAUACCCGACUUCAUACAGAAUUGGAAACUACUCUAUAGAUUAGUACUACAUGGAAGUGGACUUCAGGGACCAAUUCCUGCAAACAUAUCCCUUUUGAUUAACUUAGAGGAUUUGAGGAUCAGCGAUAUUCGUGGGCCAACGCAGGAUUUUCCUGAGUUGGUGAACAUGACAGGCUUGGUUCAAUUGGUUCUGAGAAAUUGCAACAUUGCUGGAAAGAUACCUCCAUAUUUGUGGACGAUACAGACUAUGGAAAUGAUGGACCUCAGCUUUAAUCAGUUGACUGGGGAAGUUCCAGAGGAUAUAGACUUGGAGCGCAUUAGAUUUCUCUUCUUAACUGGCAAUAUGCUGAGUGGCAACAUACCAGAUUCAAUAUUGAAGGAUGGAACUAAUGUAGAUCUUUCAUUCAAUAACUUUACAUGGCAAGGUCCUGAGCAGUAUGUUUGUAGAAAGAAUAUGAAUAUGAAUCUGAACUUGUAUCGAAGUUCUUCCUCCAGCGACUCCUUGAGGUGGGAAAGUCUCCCCUGCUUGAAGGAUUCCAUCUGUUCAAAAUAUUCAAGAUGUUGGUUCAUCAAUUGCGGUGGGUAUGACUUGACUAAUGUGAUAGACAACAACGACAUUUUAUACAAUGGGGAUGCAGAUGUUGAAGGAGGGACGGCAAAAUUAUAUGUUGAUUAUAAUAGCUACUGGGGAUUGAGUAGUACUGGAGAUUUCAUGGAUGAUCACGAUUACCAAAAUACACGUUACUCUUUUUCGCUGCCUUCAUCAAACGUUUCCCAGAUAUAUUCAACAGCACGUCGUUGUCCAAUUUCGCUCACUUAUUUCCAUCAAUGCUUGGAAAAUGGAAACUACACAGUGAAGAUUCAUUUCAUGGAGGUACGAUUUACAAAUGACAAGACAUAUACGAGUCUUGGAAGACGGAUAUUUAAUAUCUACAUUCAGGAAAAGUUAGUAUUGGAGAAUUUUGAAAUUAAAAAAAGGGCAGGAGGAGCUCAAAAACUGAUAGAAUUGCAGUUUGAUAACGUUAACGUAAUUAACCACGUCCUCGAGAUCCGAUUCUAUUGGGCUGGAAAAGGAACAACACGAAUUCCUGAUAGAGGAGUUUAUGGUCCACUGGUAUCAGCUAUUUCUGUUUAUUCUGAUCUUAAAUAUUGUUCAAUCUUUGAAAGUGGUCAAAUGAAAACUGUAGCUAUCUUCGUAAGGGUUGGAUUAUUAUGCCUUUCUAUAAUCAUCAUAGUAGGAUUUCUUCAUUGGAAAGGCACCCUUCAAGUAUUCGGGCAGGGUAAAGACGAUACAGAUGUUGCAGGAAUAGACGUACAAACUGGAAUUUUUACAUUGAAACAAAUAAAAGCUGCCACCAACGAUUUCGAUUCUUCUAAUAAAAUCGGAGAAGGCGGUUUUGGCCCUGUUUAUAAGGGUCAGUUGGCUGAUGGUACCGUCGUAGCAAUUAAGCAGCUCUCGUCCAAAUCAAAGCAAGGGAAUCGCGAAUUUCUGAACGAGAUAGGAGUGAUCUCUUAUUUGCAACACCCGAAUCUAGUCAAGCUCCUUGGAUGUUGUAUUGAAGGGGAUCAACUGUUGUUGGUGUAUGAACAUUUGGAAAACAAUUGCCUUGCCCGAGCGCUAUUUGGUCCAGAGUGCAGUCGUCUUAAUUUAGAUUGGCCAAGCAGGCUUAGAAUCUGUAUUGGUAUAGCAAAAGGCUUAGCAUAUCUCCAUGAGGAAUCUAGCCUCAAAAUUGUUCACAGAGACAUCAAAGCUACUAAUGUGCUAUUGGAUGGCAAACUGAAUCCUAAGAUAUCUGAUUUUGGUUUGGCUAAGCAUGACGAUGAGGAGAAGACUCACAUCACGACCCGAGUGGCCGGGACCAUUGGAUAUAUGGCUCCGGAAUAUGCUCUCUGGGGUUAUCUGACCCACAAAGCAGACGUUUAUAGUUUUGGAGUCGUGGCGUUGGAAGUUAUCAGUGGAAGAAGCAACAAUGACUACGUACCAAGUGACACUUGUGUUUGUCUUCUCGACUGGGCCUGUCACUUGCAACAAUCUGGGAACCUCGUCGAGCUGGUUGAUGAGAAGUUGAAGUCGGAAAUCAACUGGUAUGAAGCGAGAAACAUGGUGAAAAUUGCCCUUCUCUGUACGCAUGCUUCACCAUCGAUAAGGCCUUCGAUGUCGGAAGUGGUGAACAUGCUCGAAGGACGAUUGGAAAUUCCAGACCUGGUUCUAGAACCAAGUUCUUAUAAUGAAGAUUUGAGGUUCAAGGCAAUGAGAGAUAUGCGUAAGGAGCAACAGAGCCAAACCCCGAAGGCAGGCCAGACACAAACUUCCACAACGCUAACAUUUGAGUCUUCCCCUACAUCUGGAAAUGAGUUUUUUGACAUCAACCCAUCUUCAAGUUCAUCAUUAAUCUGAUUGGCAUUGCUCAUAAUUUUCCGGAUCAAUCGGGUUUUGGAUGUGAAGACCGAGCCAGAGACGUGAACGGGAGGUUGAGAGGUCUUCUUUGGCGGGCACGGGUUGCAAUGGGCGUGUGUUCUUCGGGGUUGAAUGAUUCUUUUCUGGAAGGACUCAAAGUGUACACGUUGUUAUUGUGAGCAUAACUUCCCAGAGAUACAGUUUUCUCGUAACGCCCAACAUUCUUUUAAUAAAAUUAUUUUAUUCUUUUAUU